AUGGCAUUCCGACAGCCGCUCCAGCAGUGGCGUCAGAUCCAGCGACCAGCGUCCAUCCCACACUCUCUCGUGGCCCACGACGCCACACAUCACGGACCUGUGGAUGAGUCGCAAGAGUGGAUCCUCUUUUCACCACAAUACGAACACGAACCCUCCUUGACCUCGUAUACCUCGCAGACAUCUCACAUCCAACAAGCAUCUGGCUUCUCUGAUUUUGGUUCACUCGAGACCGGCGACCGCUCCAACCAAAGGCAAGCCGACGACGACGCUGAAGUUACCUGCCAGGGCACCGAGAUUGACGAAGAGGAUGAAGAAGAGUUGGACAGUCUAGAUGACGGCCUCCAUACCUUCCAUCCAUCCUUCGCUCUAGACCAGAGUGGUGGUGCAGUGCUGCCCAACCAUGAUGGCAUGGGCUCUUUCCCCGCACUCUACCAUAACAACGACAAUGUUCAAGAACAUCUAUGGCAAUUCGAGAGGUACAACCCGACCAAUCGACGUCGAGCUCAACGAAGACGUAGCAGUGUGCAGCGCAAGUUUGAUGCCCUAGAGGAACUGGAAACGGACAAACAAGAAGAGAGACGACUACGUGUCGAGAAAUGGCGCCUGGAACAAAGUCGUGCCGUACUUGAGGAGAUUGAGAAGGAGACUCGCAGACGGAGGAAGAGACUAUCAAUCGCUUCGCGUACUGCCUCGACUACUGCGCCAAAUACAGACACGGAAACUGAGUCAUUCUGGCAGCGUGUCACUCGCAGAGUCAUCAAAGAUCUCAUGGGCUUGGAUGACACCACGCUAUCCGUCAUAUUUGGCGAGGAACUCGCACCAGCAGCUCAGACGACACCGACUCAGCAGUCUCCUUUGGCCGAAGUCUUUUCAGCACAUCAAGAUCGAGUAUGGGAGAACCGGCUCCUGAACAGAAUUGCGAAGGAGCUUGGUAUACUNGCUAACCAGCUCGCCGAACACGAUCGUCAAGACCGUACCUUCAGCACGUAUGCACCUUACCAGGUUGAUCAAUCUGCUCAGUCACAACCACGGCAGAUCCCACCGUCUACUGCGACAACCCACUCCGUUGAUGGCCCUGAUUCCAACCUUGCUCCUCCACUUUUUGCUCCUACUUUUGCGAACCCACCUGUAUCACCUGCUGUUGAAGCGGACACUUCUCUAUGGGGCAUCCCAGAACAACCCCAAGAAUCAGCUGAGGAUCAAGCGCCACAACAAGACAAAGACCAAGAAAUCGAGUAUUGGGAGCGCGACUUGGACAUUGGAGUGGUAUUCAGAUACCUCCGCAGCCGCUUCACGUCACGUCCACCAUCCCCAUCUCCUGUCAACUCACAGCCGCAAACACAAGCAGCAUCACAGAGCGUUCUACCAGCAGACUGGGCAUCACCCAGCAAUGCCGCCGUCACAGCUUCCGCUUUAGGCACUUCUCCAGAGUCACGACGUCGAGCUGAUCUCAUCAGACGACAUCACCCGCUAGUAUCUCACGCAGCUUCGGUGUCGGCGCAACGUAGACGCGAAAGUGUCCUGUUGCACACACUCAUGCAUCGCCGUGCACAGAGCAGCAGCUGUGCUAGCCAAAGCACUAAGCGCACCCGCUCUGGAGGUUCGCGCCGCUACUGGGAUUUCCCGAGCAGCACUGGCAGUGUGGUCAGUGUUGGAAGCACUGGCGAAGGUGUUUUGGGCGGAUGGGGCGAGGUUUGA